CAGAGGCGCCAUGUCAUCGAAGAAGCUUAACGACGACCGCUGCAAUAGAAACGAUUAGAUUAACGGCUUGCCCAGCUUUCAUUUGUCUUUCAUCUAACUUUUCUUUCCAGUAUUAUCUAUUUCUUAAAACGUCAUCCACGGCUGGCUUAGGUGGCUGGCCACAAGCGCUAUCGAUUUGAUUUAGAUUGUUCGAAGCCACAAGGCUAUCAUGGAUUUUUAAGCAGGUAUGCGGCAGAACUAAUGCACAGGCAUGCAUCGCGCAAGGCAAAACCCUCUCCGAGACUCCAUCCUCUCGACUGCACAGCAGUUGGGCUCGAAUACCGUCCGCGGUAUACCCGUGAGCCAACCUGUGCCGCUCCUCCUUGACCGAAGGAAGCUACUAUUAACCAGCUAGUCUGCCUACCCAGCGGCCUGUUAGAUUUAUCUGUAAGCGCUCCAUCCAUUAAUCUGAACGUCGUCCUCUAAAACCGAGUGAAAAAAUGAAGCCUCAGGACGUGAUGACCGUGAAGACCAGCCUCUGGAUCUUCGGGUACGGGUCGCUGGUGUGGAAGCCCGACUUCAAAUACAAGAGGAGCAUGGUCGGGCAUAUUCAAGGCUACAAGAGACGCUUCUGGCACGGCGAUAACUUUCACCGUGGAAAUGACGAGUUGCCCGGAAGAGUGGUGACGCUGAUGGAGGAUGAUGACGCGAGCACUUGGGGCGUGGCCUUCGAGGUGACCGGCGCCCAGGUGGAGGAGUCACUCAAGUACCUGAACCUGCGCGAGGCUGUUCGCGGCGGCUACGCUACCAAGUCAGUGGACUUCUACCCCGAGGGCGGGGUGGACCAGACGCCCGUGACGGCGCUGGUGUACAUCGCCACCGAGGACAACCCCCUGUACCUGGGGCCCGCCAGCCCGGAGGUGAUCGGGGCUCAGAUCGCCAUGAGCUUCGGCAAGACCGGCCACAACCUGGAGUACCUCCUGCGCCUGGCCGAGUUCAUGAGGCAGAGCUGCCCACACGUAGACGACCCCCACCUGUUUGCCAUCGAGGCGGCGGCGCUGGCGUUCGUGCCCUACCUGUUGGCGGCCCAAUAGCUUGUACCCUGACCCCCCCCCCCUCCCUCCUCCCCUCUCUGUACUGUUAACUUUUUAGUAAAAAGUAGAUAGACAACAUUAGACACAUCAAGGCGUUUCAUCUGUCAUAUCUUUAUAAUUAUGUCAUGGUGGAUGACUGUAUCGUUGUAUUCCUGUUGUGUUGGUGAGGUCUGUAACGCUAGUACCCCCCCCCCCCCCCCCCCCCCCCCAGGGAGUGUACUACAUGUGAUCAAAUGUGGAAGGAAAGUCUUUUUUUUUUUUACAGCCAGCCAUUCAUUUACUGUAACUGUAUUCCCAAGCCUGUGAGCAACUGUAAACCACAUUGUUGUGCUCUAU